AACAUAUUCUUUCAUUCCCUCCAAUUUUCAUUCUCACACUCACUUUCACUUUAACACCACACCAAUAGUCCAAUAUCAUCCCCAUACUUCUGUGUAUCCUUCUUUUCCUUGGACUUGCUGACACAAUCCCCUUGAUCUCAGUUCCAAUUUCAAUAUAUGGAAGGCAUGUGAUGUGUGUUUAAUAUAACAAAACUAUACUCUAUAUCAUACUUGAACAUUUUUUUGGUUCAAAACCAACUUCUUACUCACCUUAUUUUCUUUACAUUCCAUUUAUAAACAAAACUUUCCAAAUGGAAAAUCAUGUUUUCAUAUGUUUGGCUUUGUUGUUUACUUCAUGGGCUUCUUAUACAACUUCUUUGCUUUCUCCUAAAGGUGUCAACUUUGAAGUGCAAGCUUUGAUGAACAUAAAGAAUGAGUUAGAGGAUCCACAUAGUGUGUUAAAUUGGGAUGCAGAUGCUGUUGAUCCAUGUAGUUGGACUAUGGUCACUUGUUCUCUUGAUAAACUUGUCAUUGGCUUGGGAAGUCCAAGCCAAAAUCUUUCGGGUCAUUUUUCCCCGAGUAUCGGUAACUUGACAAACCUUCAGACAGUGUUGUUACAAAAUAACAGAAUCUUAGGGCCACUUCCAUUUGAGCUUGGAAGGUUACCUAAGCUUCAAACACUUGAUCUUUCUAACAACUUGUUUACUGGUGAAAUCCCAUCUUCUCUAGCCAAUAUCAAGUCCCUUCAGUACUUGCGCCUAAAUAACAACAGUCUCACUGGACCAAUUCCUCAACCUUUGGCUAACAUGACACAGCUUACAUUAUUGGACUUGUCCUAUAACAAUUUAAGUGGCCCUGUUCCAAAGUUUCUUGCAAAAACAUUCAAUAUUAUGGGAAAUCCAACAAUAUGUGCCACUGGGAUAGAGCAAGAUUGCAAUGGAACAACGCCCAUGCCAAUGUCACUCCCCCUCACUACUCAACAAAAGUCGCAGCCAUCUGUCGCGCCAAAAACCAACAAAAUGGCUCUAGCAUUCGGAACAAGCCUUGGGUGCUUCUGCUUGCUGUUUUUUGGGUUUGGGUUUAUCUUUUGGUGGAGGAGACGAUACAACCAGCAAGUUUUCUUCGAUAUUAAUGAACAAUAUCGAGAGGAAGUAUGUAUGGGGAACUUGAGGAGAUUCCAGUUUCGUGAACUUCAAACAGCGACAAAAAACUUCACGAGCAAGAACAUACUUGGAAAGGGAGGUUUCGGGAUUGUGUACAAAGGGAUACUCCCAGAUGGAACGAUUGUAGCCGUUAAGAGGCUUAGAGAUGGUAAUGCAGUAGGUGGUGAGAUCCAGUUCCAGACAGAAGUUGAGAUGAUCAGCCUAGCAGUUCACAGAAAUCUCCUCAGACUCUAUGGUUUCUGUAUGACAUCAUCUGAAAGACUCUUGGUAUACCCCUACAUGUCCAAUGGGAGUGUCGCUUCUCGUCUCAAAGCCAAACCAGCUCUAGAUUGGAGCACAAGGAAGAGAAUUGCAUUGGGAGCUGCUAGAGGGUUAUUAUAUUUGCACGAGCAAUGUGACCCGAAAAUAAUCCAUAGAGAUGUGAAGGCUGCAAACAUAUUACUAGAUGAUUACUGUGAAGCUGUGGUUGGUGAUUUUGGGUUGGCUAAGUUAUUAGACCAUCAUGAUUCACACGUUACAACAGCUGUUCGUGGAACUGUGGGCCAUAUAGCUCCUGAAUAUCUUUCAACAGGCCAAUCCUCGGAGAAAACAGAUGUUUUUGGUUUUGGGAUUCUUCUACUGGAAUUGAUAACAGGCCAGAGGGCUUUAGAAUUUGGCAAAUCUGCAAACCAGAAAGGUGCAAUGCUCGAUUGGGUUAAGAAACUUCAUCAUGAAAGUAAACUCGAUAUGUUGGUAGAUAAGGAUUUGAAAACAGAAUAUGAUAGAAUAGAGCUUGAGGAGAUGGUUCAAGUAGCGUUGCUGUGCACACAAAAUCAACCAAACCAAAGGCCCAAGAUGUCUGAAGUGGCACGUAUGCUGGAAGGGGACGGGCUAGCUGAGAAAUGGGAAGCAUCUCAACAGGCCGAGACAAACCGAGGACGGGCCAAUGAGUUCUCAUCUUCUGAGCGAUAUUCAGAUCUUACAGAUGAUUCAUCAUUGCUUGCACAGGCAAUGGAGCUAUCAGGACCCCGGUGAUGCAUCAUAAGAACGAUUAAUAAAUCGUAUCCGAGGGGAGGAUUUGUGAUUGUACAGAAACCGAAUCACAAUUCUUAACUGCCGGUUUGUUUUUAUAUGGUUUUGGGUUUGUUCAAGUGUUUAUCUUGUGAGAUGAAUGUUGUAUAACUUUUGGUUUUCUUUUAGAUAUGAUUGAGAACCAAAUCGACUGUUGUAAUAUAGAUAUAUAUGAAGUAAACAUCAUAUAUAUAAAUGAGAUACAAGAAAUUCAUAUUAAUGUAACAUUAUUACACAGUUACACCUGA